UCAGAUACUACGUUGCGCGUUAUCGCAAUAGUGCCAUAGUCAGUAGUUGACGGAGCUCCCUCUGUUGCUUUGCAAUUGUGGACGCGUUGUAUUUGUGUUUCGUUGUUGGUGUUGUUUUGAUUUUGAUUUCUCCGGUUUGGCCAGGCAGCAGCUCCUCUAUUGUGUUUUGCUUUGCUAUUCUGUGCCAUAGUUGUCGUCAUUGUUGUUUUUGCUGUUUGACACCAUAUAGAUUUUGUUUUUUGUUUUGCCUUUUACUCGAUAAUAGUAGCUACCCCCUUCCUCCUAUGUGCUAUGCACAUACCUAGGGGUACAUGGUACAUAUAUACUGAUGUAUCCACAAUCCCCAUACCUCCACAUACCCACAUAUCGUAUACAAUACAGAAGGAGGAGUGAUUAAGUGAUUGCAUUCUAUCGAAUUGGAAAGUCCUAGAGCAGUGGCGACCAAUUCAAAAGUUGGCAAGUGAAAUAGUAGUCAGCCAGUCGUCUUCCCGACGUCGCAAUAGAAAAGGAGAUACAACCGAAAAGCAAACACUGAAAACUGGGAACGGUGGAAGAGGAGGGCGUAGUGGUAGUGCUUUGUCAGUGACAUGCAUUCGUCGCUGCCUUCGUCGUCUUCGUUGUCGUCGUUAGUGGUGUUGCUGUGGAAUUUAUCUUGAAAAUACUUGAAAUAUUUUGAUUGUUUUGCCAAUCGAACACCGAAUCAUAGUAGCUAUUGUAUUUGUUGUAGAAGUGACCUUUCCGGCUCGUUUUGCUGCACGAGAAAAUGAUGUGAUUAAUGUUAUUUUAGACCUACAUAAACAAUCAAAAUUUUGUACCUGAUCAAAGCAAAGAAACAAAGUCUAAAACGUAGAAUAAACCAACAUGGAAAGUGUGGUUACGCGUGAUGAAGAACCUUCGUUAUCAAAGAAUAAUCGCCAAAAUAAACGUAAAUUCCCAGGAACUGAUUCGGGUCCCACGGGCAAAAAGGGACGACCUAGUUCAGAUAUCACUGCCAAUGUAAAAUUACCAGCCCAUGGUUAUCCUUUGGAGCAUCCAUUUAAUAAAGAUGGUUACCGUUAUAUAUUGGCUGAGCCAGAUCCCCACGCACCAUUUCGUCAGGAGUUUGAUGAGUCUUCCGAUUGGGCUGGCAAACCUAUUCCAGGUUGGCUAUAUCGUACUUUAGUGCCCAAUAGUGUCCUAUUGGCAUUGCAUGAUCGCGCUCCACAAUUGAAAAUAUCAGAAGAUCGUUUAGCUGUAACAGGUGACAAAGGCUAUUGCAUGGUGAGAGCCACACACUCUGUGAAUCGCGGCCGAUGGUAUUUUGAAGUUACCAUAGAGGAAAUGCCCGAAGGAUCCGCAACACGCUUGGGCUGGGGCCAAGAAUACGGCAAUUUGCAAGCGCCUUUGGGCUAUGACAAAUUUGGUUACUCCUGGCGAUCACGCAAGGGUACACGUUUCAGCGAAAGUCAUGGAAAACAUUAUAGCGAUGCUUAUAUUGAGGGCGACACUUUAGGAUUUCUAAUUGACUUGCCGGAAGAAUGUGAAAUCGAUUAUUUACCUAAUACGUUUAAAGAUAGGCCUUUAGUAAAAUUUAAAUCGCAUCUGUACUAUGAGGAUAAGGACAAGAUCCAAGAAACGCUCAAAGGUUUACGACUUGCUCCGGGUAGUAAAAUAGAAUUCUUCAAAAACGGCCAAUCGCAGGGCGUGGCGUUUAGUGAUAUCUUUGCUGGCUCAUAUUAUCCCACAAUAUCGAUACACAAAAGUGCUACUGUAAGCGUAAAUUUCGGACCUAGCUUUAAAUAUCCUGAGAUUCUAACAAAUCAAAAAGCUAAAGGGAUGUACGAGAGAGUCGAAGAACUGAUUUGUGAACAAUCGUUGUCGGAUUUGCUGUAUUUAACAGAAAAGGAGGGCAGAUUACGUUUGGACAACUUUAAUAUAUAGAUUUUAGACCGCAAAGGUUUAAUUUUUUUUACAAUAAAUCGAAAUCUCUAAGUGA